AUGAGUGGUCGUCUUAGCAAGCUCGGGACAACGCUCACUGUAGUGUUUGCUGUCACUCUCGCCGCCCUUAUAGCGCAGUUCUUCUUCCUCCUCUGGCGGCGAAGGAAGUCCCAGUUUCCGACCAGCAUCGGGCCCCACGAAGCUCAUCAUAACAACCGACAACCUAGCUCACUGCACCGCAAUAUCGAAGUGGACGAGGUGUUCAAGUGGCAGCAGCGACUGUACGGCGUGUCGUCCAGGGUGCUGUUCACGAUCGAGGAGGAGGAAGAGAGAGAGGGUCUGGACUCCGAGACGCCGGCAACGACGUAUUCAUCCUGUGCGGAGAAAGAGGCGAAGACCCUGGUGCUGGACGUAGCGGUGACUAUGAGAGUAGAGGUGGAGGAGGCAACGCCGCCGUUUACUACGCCAUGUGCUUCGCCGCCGUACUAUACACCUUCGCCUUCUCCUAGUCGUGAUUUUGUAGUGUGA